AGGUGAACACGCGGCCCGAAUCCUCGAGUGGCAGGGGCUCCUCUGCGGCUGAUUCCCGGUCCAAUGAUAGCACUUUAAAGAAAUCUUCAGCUGAGCUUAAGAAGAUUUUGACAAAUGGACAGAUAAAUGAACAUGACCUCCAGUACCAGGAGCAGCUUGGCCAUGGAAAUGGUGGGACAGUUUACAAAGCUUACCACUUGCUUGGGAAGAGAAUUGUUGCGGUGAAGGUUAUUCCUCUCGACAUCACAGUGGAGCUGCAGAAGCAGAUCAUGUCAGAGCUUGAGAUCCUUUAUAAGUGUGAUUCUCCAUACAUCAUAAAGUUCUACAGUGCUUUCUUUGUGGAGAACAGAAUAUCGAUAUGCACUGAGUUUAUGGAUGGUGGCUCUCUGGAUGUCUACUGGAGAAUCCCAGAGCAUGUGUUGGGCAGAAUUGCUGUUGCGGUGGUAAAAGGAUUAACGUAUCUCUGGAGCCUGAAGAUUUUACACAGAGAUGUGAAACCCUCCAACAUGUUGGUUAACACACGGGGUCAGAUCAAACUGUGUGACUUUGGAGUCAGCACACAGUUGGUGAACUCCAUUGCUAAAACAUACGUUGGAACCAAUGCAUACAUGGCGCCAGAGCGGAUAUCAGGGGAACAGUAUGGUAUUCACUCAGAUGUGUGGAGCCUAGGAAUCUCUUUCAUGGAGGCAGCCUGUCCAAACAGAUGUUGGCCUGCAGCUAUGCAUGGAUCACACUCAAGAUCUCCCACUGACUGCUACACACACACACACACACACAAACACACACACUGCUCUGCUAUCCUUUUGGACCCUCUCCCUUCGAAUUACCAUAUGAGCAUAAUGUAA